CUGGAUCUCAGGGAGGUGAGGACUUUGUUCUCAGAGGGUGUGUGGACAAAACAGGGAGGCCCUGUGUUCGACAGACACAGUGGUCCCAGGAUUGGAGAGCAGUCCAGGUGAGGAACCUAAGGGAGGAUCGAGGGUACCUCCAGGCCAGAGAAACUCUCAGAUCAAGAGAGUUUGCCCUGCCCCUACUGUCACCCCAGAGAGCCCGGGCAGGGCUGUCUGCUGAGGUCCCUCCUUUAUCCUGGGAUCACUGGUGUCAGGGAGGGCUGGCCUUGGUCUGAGGGGGCUGCACUCAUGUCAGCAGAGGGAGGGUCCCAGGCCCUGCCAGGAGUCCAGGUGCAGACUGAGGGGACCCCACUCACCAAACACAGAGGACCUAGCCCCACCCUGCCCCUUCUGUCAGCUGAGGGAAGCCGCUGGGUGGAUGGACUCCCCUCACUUCCUCUUCAGGUGUCUCCUGGAGAUAGGGCCUCAGGUCAACAGAGGGAGGGUUCCAGACCCUGCAGGCAUCAAGAUGAGGACCAGGCAGUAUCCUCACCCCAGGACACAUGGACCCCAUUGAAUUUGGACAUCUCUUACUGUACUUCCGAGGAAACCCUGGGCAGGUGUGGGCAGAUGUUGGUUGGGGCAUGUCCUUCUGUUCCAUAUCAGGGAUGUGAGCUCUUGAUCUGAGAGACUCUCAGGCAAGUAGAGGAGUGGAGUCCAGUCCCUGCCAGGAGAAAGGAGCUCCAGGAAGCAGGCAAGCCUUGGUCUGAGACGGUGUCCUCAGGUCACAGAGCAGAGGAGACCCAGGCAGUGUCAGCAGUGAAGGUUCUCAGGGGACAGGCUGACCAGGAGGACAGGAGCCCCAAGAGGCCCCAGAGCAGCACUGAAGAAGACCUGCCUGUGGGUCUCCAUCGCCCAGCUCCUGCCCACGCUCCUGACUGCUGCCCUGACCAGAGUCAUCAUGUCUCUUGAGCAGAGGAGUCCGCACUGCAAGCCUGAUGAAGACCUUGAAGCCCAAGGAGAGGACUUGGGCCUGAUGGGUGCACAGGAUCCCACAGGCGAGGAGCAGGAGACUACCUCCUCCUCUGACAACAAGGAGGAGGAGGUGUCUGCUGCUGGGUCAUCAAGUCCUCCCCAGAGUCCUCAGGGAGGCGCUUCCUCCUCCACUUCCAUCUACUACACUUUAUGGAGCCAAUUCGAUGAGGGCUCCAGCAGUCAAGAAGAGGAAGGGCCAAGCACCUCAGUCGACCCAGCUCACCUGGAGUUCAUGUUCCAAGAAGCACUGAAAUUGAAGGUGGCUGAGUUGGUUCGUUUCCUGCUCCACAAAUACCGAGUCAAGGAGCCGGUCACAAAGGCAGAAAUGCUGGAGAGUGUCAUCAAAAAUUACAAGCACUACUUUCCUGUGAUCUUCGGCAAAGCCUCCGAGUUCCUGCAGCUGAUCUUUGGCACUGAUGUGAAGGAGGUGGACCCCGCCGGCCACUCCUACAUCCUUGUCACUGCUCUUGGCCUCUCGUGCGAUAGCAUGCUGGGUGAUGGUCAUAGCAUGCCCAAGGCCGCCCUCCUGAUCAUUAUCCUGGGUGUGAUCUUAACCAAAGAUAACUGCGCCCCUGAAGAGGUUAUCUGGGAAGCGUUGAGUGUGAUGGGGGUGUAUGUUGGGACGGAGCACAUAUUCUAUGGGGAGCCCAGGAAGCUGCUAACCCAAGAUUGGGUGCAGGAAAACUACCUGGAGUACCGGCAGGUGCCCGGCAGUGAUCCUGCGCACUACGAGUUCCUGUGGGGUUCAAAGGCCCACGCUGAAACCAGCUAUGAGAAUGUCAUAAAUUAUUUGGUCAUGGUCAAUGCAAGAGAGCCCAUUUGCUACCCAUCCCUUUAUGAAGAGGUUUUGGGAGAGGAGCAAGAGGGAGUCUGAGCACGAGCCGCAGCCAGGGCCAAUGUUUGUGGGGUCAGGGUCCCAUCCAGCAGCUGCCCUGCCCCAUGUGACAUGAGGCCCAUUCUUCACUCUGUGUUUGAAGAGAGCAAUCAGUGUUCUCAGUGGCAGUGGGUGGAAGUGAGCACACUGUAUGUCACCUCUGGGUUCCUUGUCUAUUGGGUGAUUUGGAGGUUUAUCCUUGCUCCCUUUUGGAAUUGUUCAAAUGUUCUUUUAAUGGUCAGUUUAAUGAACUUCACCAUCGAAGUUAAUGAAUGACAGUGGUCACACAUAUUGCUGUUUAUUUAGGAGUAAGAUUCUUGCUUUUGAUUCACAUGGGGAAAUCCCUGUUAUUUUGUGAAUUGGGACAAGAUAACAUAGCAGAGGAAUUAAUAAUUUUUUUUGAAACUUGAACUUAGCAGCAAAAUAGAGCUCAUAAAGAAAUAGUGAAAUGAAAAUGUAGUUAAUUCUUGCCUUAUACCUCUUUCUCUCCCCUGUAAAAUUAAAAUAUAUACAUGUAUACCUGGAUUUGCUUGGCUUCUUUGAGAAUGUAAGAGAAAUAAAAAUUGAAAGAAUAA